GCAAUGUACCGUCAGCGCUCACUGCGCAUGCGCACGCAAUCACAAAUAUGCCCGUUGCCUGACGUACAGUCGACAGCAAAUCAGCUGGAGCAAUAUGACGCGUUAGUUGACCAGAUAGUUUCUCUCCAUCCUUCUUUGUGUAGUUUGACACUUGAGGUCAGAGGUCAUGGCUGUUGAUUGUGGUGUGUUCGUGGACUGGUCUCAGAUGGGCGAUGUGAGUCACGACGCGACUCCCGGUAAGACCGAAUAUAAAGACUUCAAGGAGCUGAAGCAGCAUGCCCGCUCGGGCCAGUGGGCCAAAAAUCACAGCCAGCGCUCGGCCGUUUACCAGCAGCUGCUCAAAGCACUCCCGUGUCGCACCGUCACGCCGGACGCCGCGGUCUACCGCGAUAUCGUAGGCAGUUCUAACUCCAAGCGCAACCCAUCCGCUUACCUCUUGCCAGAGUUUGUGGAUGGGGUGGCAGUGCCACGCUACUGUCUGAAGGCCGAAUCUGUGGGAUCAGUGCAUGCUGUGAUUUCUUGCAUCGCAGGGCAGUUCCCAGAUAUCUCGUAUUGCCCGUCUUUACCAGCGGUGACUGCGCUGCUGCUGCACUGGAGCGCCGAUGAAGCGCAGUGCUUCGAGAGCGUCAGCCGCAUGCUGGCCUGCAACGAACCCGGGCGCCGUUUAUUAGAUCAGACUUUCCUUGCAUAUCAAUCGGCCUGCAUGACCUUCGGCGACCUCGUGCAUAAAUACUGCCCGGCCGCGCAUAAGCUGAUGGUGGCCACCGCGACAGACGUCCUGGAGGUUUACUCUGACUGGCAGCGAUGGGUUCUGGGCGACCUGCCUUUUAGCUUCGCUGCGCGUGUGAUGGAUGUUUACUUGGUGGAGGGGUACAAGGUCCUUUACCGCGUGGCGCUGGCCAUACUGAAGUUCUACCGCAAGCAGCGCAGCGCUGCAACAAGCUCGGCUUUAACCAAGCAGGACUCGGCGGCGGUCAGGAGCGAUAUACAGGCAUUCGUGCAGAAUAUCGAGAAAAGCGUGACGCCGGAAAAGCUGCUUGAAAAGGCCUUUUCCAUCCGCCUGUUCAGCCGGAAAGAGAUCACACUGCUGCAGCUGGCCAAUGAGAAAUCACUCCAGCAGAAAGGCAUCACCGUCAAACAGAAGAGACAAAAUGUGCAGUUAGCGGUGAACGCUGAUAAUUUCAGCUCGGAGAUCGUCAGCGCUAAAGAGAUCAGAGAUAUCUGGUCGUGGAUCCCGGAGCGUUUCGCUUUAUGUCAGCCGCAGCUGCUCUUCACCACAUCUACACACGGCUGCAGCCUCAACAGGUUUUAUUCUCACUGUGAGGGAUAUGAGCCGACGUUAAUGCUCCUCAGAACUACAGAUGGAGAGAUGUGUGGAGCCUUCCUGUCCACUGAUUGGGAGGAGCGGAAGAGGGGCGGGAACAAGCUCAGCUUUUUCGGCACUGGAGAGUGUUUCGUCUUUAAAAUGAAGCCGGAGAUGGAGCGUUACGAGUGGGUCGUCAUCAAACAUCCGGAGCUGGCGAACUCGUCUCCAGCUGUAGAUGAUGAACAGACCGGAGCGAACGACAACGGUGGGCCGCAGUCUCUCGAGACACCGGCCACAGACGCGUCUCACCUGUCCCCAUUUCUCUCUGCAAGACACUUCAACCUCAACUCAAGGAACACCUCCAUGUUUAUGGCGGGAAACAUCGACUCCAUCAUAAUCGGAGGAGGUGAAGGUAACGCUCUGUACAUCGACUCGGAGCUGAACCACGGCCGAACCGAGCGCUGCCUGACCUUCGACAACCCACCGCUGUGUACUGAGAGCUUCCAGAUCGCUCUUCUGGAGGUUUGGGGCUUCAAAGAUGCCAUGGCUUCAUAAGAGCGGCUCCAUUGUGUUGUGAUAGACGUCUCUUCAUGUAGGUUGUAACAGAGACAUGAUGCUCCUCCAGUGCACUAAAACAUCCGUCCUGAGCUCCAGUGAAAAUGAAGUUUAUUGUGUAUAUUUAUCUAUUUAAACCAUAUCUCAAGGUUUAUUUUGAUUCAUUUCAUAUCAUCAGAAAGCCUGUUUUGAUCUAGUCCGAAAAUUCUAGUCCGGAAAUGAAGUUAUGUAUUGAAGGAUUCAGUAUUUUGCUUUUUCUGCAGUAACAUUGGAGACUUUCAUGUUAAAUCAAAACCAAGCCUUUAUUGAUGUGAUUCCAGCAAAUUGUCAGAUAUCUGUCAUCUGUGGUGCUAAACACACCGGUAUAUCAAAUUUUAUUUUGUUAUGCAAAAUAUAAUUUAUUUAUUUUCAUUAUGGGGUGAAAUAUGACCCCUGGUAUUUAUCAUGAUUCACGCGAUCAAAGUUUCUCUUUCCCCAAUCCCUCUGUUCUUUAUGGAAGCCCGUCUACUUUUGCAACUUUUUCCCUUGCAAUUUCAUGAUAUAAGCUCACAAUUUUAUUACGAAGUUAGAAUUGCAAGAUAUAAACAAAAUUCCAUUGCGAGUUUAUAUCUUGCAUUUCUGACUUAAUUUUUUUUAAAUGUAA